AUGUCCCUGAUGGCCUCUUUAGCCCCUCAGCCGGUCCCUCCAACAGCCACUCAGCAGGUCACUAAAACGGCCCCUCAGCAGGUCCCUACAACAGCCACUCAGCAGGUCACUAAAACAGCCCCUCAGCCGGUCCCUCCACCCCUCUGCAGGUCACUAAAACGGCCCUCAGCAGGUCCCCUCAGCAGGCCCUCAGCAGGUCCCUACAACGCCCUCAGCAGGUCCCUCCAACAGCCCUCAGCAGGUCCCCCCUACAACAGCCCAUCAGCAGCCCCUCCAACAGCCCCUCAGCAGGUCCCUACAACAGCCCCUCAGCAGUCCCUACAACAGCCCCUCAGCAGGUCCCUCCCUACAACAGCCCCUCAGCAGGUCCCUCCCUACAACAGCCCCUCAGCAGGUCCCUCCCUACAACAGCCCCUCAGCAGGUCCCUCCCUACAACAGCCCCUCAGCAGGUCCCUCCCUACAACAGCCCCUCAGCAGGUCCCUACAACAGCCCUCAGCAGGUCCCUACAACAGCCCCUCAGCAGGUCCCUCCCUACAACAGCCCCUCAGCAGGUCCCUCCCUACAACAGCCCCUCAGCAGGUCCCUACAACAGCCCCUCAGCAGGUCCUUCCCUACAACAGCCCCUCAGCAGGUCCCUACAACAGCCCCUCAGCAGGUCCCUCCCUACAACAGCCCCUCAGCAGGUCCCUACAACAGCCCCUCAGCAAGUCCCUCCCUACAACAGCCCCUCAGCAGGUCCCUCCCUACAACAGCCCCUCAGCAGGUCCCUCCCUACAACAGCCCCUCAGCAGGUCCCUACAACAGCCCCUCAGCAGGCCCCUACAACAGCCCCUCAGCAGGUCCCUACAACAGCCCCUCAGCAGGUCCCUCCCUACAACAGCCCCUCAGCAGGUCCCUCCCUACAACAGCCCCUCAGCAGGUCCCUACAACAGCCUCUCAGCAGGUCCCUCCCUACAACAGCCCCUCAGCAGGUCCCUCCCUACAACAGCCCCUCAGCAAGUCCCCACAACAGCCCCCAGCAGGUCCCUCCCUACAACAGCCCCUCAGCAGGUCCCAGUUGCAACAGCCGGUGAUGCUACCAGUCCUCCCAAUACAACAGCCCCUCAGCAGGUCCCUCCCUACAACAGCCCCUCAGCAGGUCCCUCCCUUCAACAGCCCCUGGACAUGA